UCUGGCACAACAUUAAGGCGGGCCGGUGCCUUGUGUGUGUGCGUGUGUAGCUGCAGUCCUGCCAUCCGCGCGCGGUGAUAAGUGGCCGGGUUACACGGAGUGCCGACUUAAACGCAUCAAACGCACACGGAAAAAACACGCGCGCGCACGCACAUUCAUGCACAGGUCGUGUGCGCACAUCUACACGCAGAGGAACACACGCACAGCGGCACGCGUCAACAACACUCCGAAAGGGGGUCGUCGAGAGAAUUCCGCUGGCGUGCAAGGUCUUCUCAAGCCGUCUCGCCAUCACUCGGCAACCAUGGCGUGUGGAAGCCCGCAACAGGGCAGCGCCAAGGCCACUCAGCUGUCGCCCAGGGCCAGCGCAUUCUCCAUCGCGGCGCUCAUGGCCAGGAGUCCGGCGGGCAGCAGAGGCGGCCGCGACGGGGCCACGCGCGGCACCAUCGCAGCCCACGAGAAGUUCGUGGAGGCUUCGCCGAGGCGGGACGAGGAGGACGAGGAGGGCGACGACGGCGUCACGUCGUCCGUGGCUGACCCGGCGGGGGCAGCGGAUGUCCCGACGAGGAGCAGGGGCGGCCCGGCGGUGGUGGUGGCGACGGCGGCGGCGGCGGCGCCGGGGAUGGAGGCUCUGAUCCCCCCGGGGGGGUCGCCGGCUCCCAGCAGCGCGGAGCUGGCGAGCGUCACCUGCGCCCUGGAGACCAAGGAGCUGUGGGAGAAGUUCCACGAGCUCGGCACCGAAAUGAUCAUCACCAAAUCCGGCCGGCGCAUGUUCCCCACGAUCCGCGUGUCCUUCGGAGGAGUGGAGCCCGACGCGAAGUACAUCGUGCUCAUGGACAUCGUGCCCGUGGACAACAAGCGCUACCGCUACGCGUACCACCGCUCCUCCUGGCUCGUGGCGGGCAAGGCCGACCCUCCGCUACCCGCGAGGCUGUACGUGCACCCGGACUCGCCGUUCGCCGGCGAGCAGCUGCACAAGCAGAUGGUCUCCUUCGAGAAGCUCAAGCUCACCAACAACGAGCUGGACCAGCACGGACACAUAAUCCUCAACUCCAUGCACAAGUACCAACCGCGCGUGCACAUCAUCAAGAAGAUGGACCACACCUCGUCCCUCGUCAACCUCAAGUCGGAGGAGUUCCGCACAUUCGUGUUUCCAGAAACUGUCUUCACGGCCGUCACCGCCUACCAGAAUCAGCUGAUCACGAAACUCAAAAUCGACAGCAACCCAUUCGCCAAGGGAUUUCGUGACUCCUCACGUCUCAGCGACCUGGAAAGCAGCGUGUACCUGGAGCGCGCGUGUGCGGGAGGUCCGGGCCGCGAGAGUGUCGACAGCCUCAUCCAGAAGCACACGUACGCACGCUCGCCCGUGCGCCCCUACUCCACCAGCGGCGGCGACGACGACCUGGACGACGCGCAGUGCGGCGCACCUCCACGCGGCUCGGCCUUCACCUCCACGGCGGGGCUGGCGCUGGGUGGGGCGUGGGUGUCCCACGCCUUCUCUCCGUCCGGCGCGCCCAUCGCGGCGCCCCUGCCCGGCCGCCCGGACCGCGUCUCUCCGUCGUGCGCCUCCUCCUCCUCUUCCUCCUCCUCGUCGUCGUCCUCGUCCUCCUCCGCCUGCUCCACCUCCUCCUCCAUCUCCCCGUCCGCCUCCUCGGUGCACGCUGCGGCGGCGGCGGCGCACGCCUACGCGCGGCUCGGCGGCCUCCAGGCGCACGGUGCCGGCGUGCACGGCCCGGCCCUCUCGGCCUUCCACCUGCAGCGCUACCACCACUACUUCCAGCAGGGACCGUACGCCGCCGCCAUGCAGGGCAUGCGGCACCACUCGGCCGUGAUGACGCACUUCGUAUGAGUGCCGAUCGCGCGCCGCCGUGUGUUUGUUUUGGGGUUGUUGCUGUUGUUGUUGUUGUUUUUACUGCAGCCGGUGACGGUACUGGGAAGUCCGCUUGUCACCGGCGCUGCUGUUGUUGUUGUCGUCACCGUUGUCGUAUCGGGCCACCGUCGUUGGCACUGCCGCUGAUCGUUGGCGUUGCUACUGCCUUGUUAUCCAUCGUCGUUGUCAGCGUGAUCGUUUUAUAACGAUUGUUAUAAUAUAAUUUCCAUCAUAACUGCUGUCAUCGUGAUCGUCAUCAUCAUUUCAAUAAUUACGGUCAUAAUCUCUCUCAUAAUUGGCACUCUAUUCAUCGUAAUGUAAUUAAAUAUCAUUACCGUCAACAUGUAAAUAAGAAUUUGCAUUGACAUUAACAUUAUCCCAAUAGUAUAUUCGGGUUAGCUCUAGUAUAUAAUAGUAUAUUUAAUACAGCUAACCCGAAUAUAUACUGUAGUUGAUCGGUAGAGCUGUGACAGCCUAAAUCAGAAAUUAUCCUCAUCACCAUGGUUUCGGUUAAAAUGAUCAGUCAUCAUCGUCAUCAUCAUCGUCAGGUUUAAUUGUAAAGCCCCUUUUAAAAUACGCAAUGUCCAAAAGUCCAUCCUCGAUCUUGAGAAAUCAUAAUUUUAUUUUUCGAUUUAAAGCUUUCGUGACUGCAGGGAUUCAUCUUCUUGGUUCUUUUGGUAAAGUCACGUAGAAGGGAAAUAAUAAAAAUAAAACAUUAUAAAUACAAUUGUAUUUAAUAAAAUACAAUUGUAUUUUAUUAUAAUUUUAUUAUUGGACAUAUGUGAAAAAGAGCUUAAUAGCUCAUCGGAUUCCUCCAGUAUAAAUACAUUUCUGAUUCUCACGUGCAAAAGAAGCCCAGCAAACACAUUCUAACAUUACAAAGCUCAGACUCAAACAUCUUGGCAGACGCCUAUAACUGGCUGUGAUAAUUACACUCAUGAAUAGAAGCAGAAAAAAACCCCACUUUAAACAUAGGUUGAAAUAUGUUUACUUAAUAAUCCUCCCUGUUCCCUUGAUGCAUGAGUGUGUGUGUGCGCGCUGGUGUCCGUUUAUAGAACCUGGUACUCAAAACACUCCACUCCCAACCUCUGUUCACACUCACUAAAUCCCGGAUCUAUUGAGCCGAGAUCCUUAUAAAGUAAAUAUAUAUAGAGAGAGACAGAUAACUAUGUAUAAGCUGAUUUCAUUGUUAUUAAGUUUAAAUUAGAUAUCGAAAGAGUGUCUACACUGCCUGGCCAUGGCUCGAUGGCUUGACAUGGCUCGGCAGGGUUGAGAAUGUUGUAAAAAUGUGAUGACAAAAUUCGGUCAAAUGGAGUCGAAAGGAGAUUGCAUCACUCAAACCGAUGAGAAAUAAAACGACGUUCAUUAAAACGCCACCGCUGGGAAAAUGUGUCACCGACUGCGCUAUAGAAAACGCUGCAGGCCCGUUGCGAUGUGUGGAAGCGACUGCCGGUGUGGUUGUCCGUCCGUAUGUUGAACUUCUUUCGCACCGUACGUAGCCAACCGCGCUAAUCGGAGGUGCGGGGGAAGGACAACAAACUAAACACAACAAGCUGUUCUAAAGAAAUGUGUUUUCAAACUGGGCGAUGUAAAAGUGCACAACUCCAGUGGCCUUUCUAAUAUCGGAAGGAGGAGCGUUCCAGACGGCCGCAAGGAUAACCGUUCGUUGCCUUCAUCAUGGGACCUCCUUUGCCAGUACCAAAAUAUACUAAUAGGGUUUUUCCCCUUUUCAUUACUCUGGUAGUGCGUUGUCUUUGAACUGUGUGCCUUUUGGCGUCAUCUGGUCGAACACCAUAUGCGACUAGGCUCUAAAAGAAAGCUGUCUCUGGUGUGGACCAAUCAGUUUCAAAGACAAUGCAUAAAUUAUCAGAGUAUUGUUUUUUGUUUGCAUUUAACUGCAAGUAUUGUGGUUAAUGUAAGCAUGAUUCCUUGCAAAAGGUGUCAGUUUUUGUUGCCAGAAAAAAGGGGAAAACCCCUAUUAGUACGUAGCCUUGUCUCUAACGCCGUGUGUAUAGCGUGGCUUGUUUCAGUGCACGCUCAGCUCCCCUCUCUUGUCGCUGAUUUCGCGAUCACGAGCCGCGGCGACUCUUAAAUGCUGUACCGUUCUUCAAGACUCGGAGGCGGAAAACUUGCCCCAAGCGCGACGCUCGAUUGCCUCGGGUGCCGGGAGUUCAAAUUCCGGUUGGAGGUCGAUGCAACCCGUCAUCGACAACACACAUCGAUUAACAUACAUUUCGCACGCCCGUGAUGCUGCCAUUGCGUUGCGCGUAUUAUAAUCGAUCGUUUAUAAUGCACACAAAUUAUACAACGAUUUGCCUGUAGCCUCAUGGAAUCGUCGAGAGACAACAAACUGGGCAGAACAUACGAGACAUUUGCACGAGGCUACCAAUGUUACUCUACAUAUGAGACCAAACAGAAGUGAUUCCUAACCCCAAAUCAUGCCAGUUCAUUGAAUCAUAACUGGGAAUGAGGGCCUCCCCAUAUGCAGGUCAUGGAGGUUAAUUGACCGUGCUUCAUCAUGCUGGUCGGUGUGGAUUGGUGAUGAUGGCAGGGAGCAUAUAUGUGGGAGCAUAGUGCAGUACAACAACAAUGGAUUUUGCUUCACUGCCCUCUGCUGCACACAGAGUAGCCCCCCCCCCCGUGUGACUUGCAUACACCGCCCCAUGUCUACAAACUUGCAGUGCAGCUCUGUUGUCGUACUACAGGGCAGAGUGAAAUGCUGAGCAAGUGUUCCGCACACGGCGUAGUGAUGUCACCGUCUCAGGAGGGGCGUCGGGGCUGCGUGUGGGGUGGACGGCCGCGUCUGUUACAAGGCGCAUCGCGUUCUCGGGAUUGUGAUAUGUGCCACGUAGUUUUUUUUUCUCCCCGCCCCCCCCCCCCCGGGCGACGGUGAUAAGGCGGAGGAGAGUGAUGAACACCAGACGACCUCGGCAGGGAAUCUUGCGUAGCUCCCACUCAAAACUAUUUACAAGCAGCGGCGGCGGCGGCGACGGAGAGGGCUACAUUCGUACGGCAAAUAUGUGUUCGGUCCGCAUCAGUACCGUGCAAGUCAUUGUGCAGUGAGUGGCUGUACCGGGGCAGGACAUUGGUUACAAGUGGCACGGUUGGCUAGGUACGGUGCGAAAGAAGUUGAACACACGUACAUGCAAGUAGACGUUUAUAGUUGAGCUUAAGCGAUUGUGCACGCGUGUGUGUGUGUUGAACUUCUUUCGCACCGUACAUAGCCAACCAUGCUAAUCAUGGGUGCCGGGGCAAGGGCAACAACGUGUACACAAAGAGUUCUAAAGAAACGAGUUUUUUAGUCGAGGUUUGACGACGUAGCGACAAACAUCGGCUCAACGACGAGAGAGACCCCCAGCGAGCGCCGUUUGCGCUCGACGGUAAAAGCUGCGGGAAACGCAGCAGAUGUCACUGUCGGCGUGAAGUAUUGGUGACGAGAGACGGUCGGGUUCCAAAUUUGUUGCCGUUGCGAGACGUUCGGAAUAAUUCGAAUCGGUUUGAAAGGGACAAAAGUUUGACAAAUUUCUUUCACGUUUCUGCCGAACAAUGAGAGCGCAUCUGGCUGCACGGUGGUGUGUUUUGGGCGUGCGAUUGAAAUGUUGGAAACUUGAGUUAAAUUCCCAGUAAAGUUUUGACUCGACCAUUCACUACCCGCAAGGUCAAGGAAAUGAAUACCACUUCGUGGUGAAUCAGUCGUGGUUCUGUGGAGAAAACCCUGACAUAGGAAUGUGGAAUUUCCACCACUGGCUCAAAGCCAUAAAUGGAAAUGAGCAUCACCCUGGUUGGUGUGACUCGUAAACGUUGUUUUGCUUAGCAGUUUUAUGGAAGUACAUUCCACAUUCAUUCACACAAACUACAGUCAUUGUACUAUUUUUUUUACAAGAAAACAUAUCCGAGGCUACAUUUCUCAGCAUCGCACGUGCCAAAAAAAAUGGUUUACUUUUACUUGUUCCAACAAUAGAUCUGUGAUCAAACCCUGGACACAUUUCUUCUGGUCCCUGGGCCUAUUGCGCUGGCAUGGCCUCUUCCUACACCGAUGAUAUCUCCUUGCAAGUGCCUCUCCACUUGCGUCUGUUCGCCGACGCGUCUUUGAGACGCCUACCAUCCCGUCCACUGGAUGCAAUAGCCUAUUCUGAUAAAUCUCGGUGAGUCACUGCAAAAGAACUUCCUCUGAUUUCUAAAUGUGGCCUGAAAAACAUUCUCCUGAUAUCGUGGACAAUUCAAGCCUUAAUACUCCAGAACAGUGGCUUCCUUUUCCCACAGCCUAAUAAUCACAGGGUAACUGAUGAUUCGUUCAAAUGUUACCGCAUCGGCACAUUCCUGAUUUUGUUUAAACGCAUCGACGAGGCUCAAACUCUUAUUUUCCCCAUUUUUUUGUCAGAGAAACACCAGAUGGCAGAAAUGUCAAGAUUUUCUUAUCGUCUCAGUGACAGGAAAUAUAACCGUCCUAUUUUUUUUAAUUAUAUGUUUUUGUUCCAUCGCAUUCUGAUGUUCGUCUGGGCGCAGUGACUGGGCAGUGGCCUAUGACAGCGGUAUGCACGACACACCGACGCUCUCGAUCCGGAUGUAUUUAUAUCCGGACGGCGAUAUAUUAAGUGCCAGUGCCUCGUACGUGCGCGGAACACCCCGGGGCUAUCUGUGUGCAGCCGUGUUCAGUGAGUGCUACCAAAUGAUGAAACGCACCAUGCGUGUGGCUGGCAUCGCGCUAAGUGGGUGCAUUUGAAUUGUCGAGUCUCCGAGAUGGCAUGAGAGAAAACGGAGGUGGCACCGGUGCCGAGAUGUUAACCAACUCGUCCGGUAUGCAGGCGUUUGUGGGUUCGAUCCUGACACCGACGCCUGUACAUUUGGAGUUUGCAUGUUCUCCCUGUGGUCUUGUGGAUUUUUCUCCGGGUAUUUGGCUGCUAUAGAUUUCCACAAGAUGUGCCGACUGGUUGAGCUAUCACUUGUCACCAGGUCGCCUCUGAAAAAGAGCUACAUAACCCAGUGGACCUUACCUGGUAACAUAAAAAAAAAAGUUUAACCGUAAAUAUUUGAGCAUCGUUUCACGUAAAAAUGUCCCCCGCUUUGACUCUUCUAUUGUCAAACAUCCCUCUCGCUGUGGCGUUUACAAUUUUUUUUUACUUACUGGCCUAUGUCGCUCCAAUGUUGCGUCGUGAAGGUCUCGCCCUGGCGGGCCGUGACCGUUGUUUGACCAUACUUCACCGCGCUCACCAGUGUGCGUGGGUUCCCAGAGCCAGACCACGCGGCACUCACCGCGGCUGGGAAUUGAUCUCAGGUCUCUGGGUUCAUAGCGUGGUGCUCAAACCACCGGGUGGCCACCACCCCCCUCCCCCCAUGGUGUUUGAACACAGGAGUCGGUAUGUUGUGUGUACCUAUAUCACACUCGCGCAAAACAGCACUCUGAACGAUGGCCAGGUGGCUCACAGGCCUCGUAACGACGGCUGGGCUGUGUCGGAGAACUGACGUAAAACUGCCGAGGUCUUCCCUGGCUUUAAAUGCGGGCAGUCGCAGCCACCUUUGAAUAAGCCGGAGGAUUCCAGCGUACAUCGAGUUGAUGGUCUCGGCUGAGGGCACCGCGAUGACUGCACCCAAAAAAUUAAUACCGUGGGAUAAAAUGAGGUUCUCUCUCACCCCGCCGCGGGGACGACACAUUGUAAAUACCGUGCCAUCCAAUGAAUGGCAUUCAUUGGACCGUUCUUAACAGAUCGCAAAGGGGUGCGGGCCUCGAAUUGAAGUGGCUUGAGAAAUCCAUCCAUGGCGUGAUCUUUUGCAGCGAGCCAGUCCCCGGCAGGAGCGAGGCUCUGCUGACUGAAAGAGUUUUUCCCCUUACAAUGUUGAUUUGCCCCCGUGGCUACAUUCCAACAGCACAGUUGCAAUAUAAUUGGUGAUAAAUUCCCCCCGCCCCCCCCCCCCAAAAAAAAACCUCUACGUAUUUUGACGAAGCUGACUGAAAACAAAACUGGUGUGUUUGCCACCACGAGCAUAAUUGCCACCUUAAUUUACCGAUUGGCAACGCGAAUUUAAACCGAACUUCAAUCGGAAAUGCCAUUUAAAUAAAGAAGACAAAAUAACAACAACAAAAAAACCACUGCUGUGAAAAUCUAAAUGCGUUUCUCUUUGUCGCCGACUCAAACGUUGUCGACUCGAGCGAUGCGACAUC